AUGGUCUCCACUCAAGCCGGCGCCGGAAUCGGAAUCGCCAACCUCCCCAACCAGCGUCAUGCCAUCGCUUCCAAGAAGGGCUCCAACUACACCAUCUUGCUCUGUGGUGAGUCUGGACUCGGAAAGACGACGUUCAUCAACACCCUGUUCACCACCACUAUCAAGACCCCCAAGACCUACAAGCGUCGUUUCAACAACACCGCUGAGAAGACCGUUGAAAUCGAGAUCAUCCGUGCCGAGCUCGAGGAGAAGCAGUUUGGAGUCAAGUUAUCGGUGGUUGACACACCCGGAUUCGGAGACUAUACCAACAACCGCGACAGCUGGAUGCCCAUCAUCGACUUUAUUGACGACCAGCACGAGUCAUACAUGCGUCAGGACCAGCAGCCCGAGCGUCUGGAGUUGAGCGACAUGCGCGUCCACUGCUGCUUGUACUUUAUCCGUCCUACUGGCCAUACCUUGAAGCCCUUGGACAUUGAGGUUAUGAAGCGCUUGGGAACUCGCGUCAACUUGAUCCCUGUCAUUGCCAAGGCCGAUACCCUCACCCCCACCGAUCUCCACAAGUUCAAGAAGAGAAUUUUGGAGGUCAUUGCCGCCCAGAACAUCCAGUGCUAUACUUUCCCCCUGGAGAGUGACGACGAGGCCUCCACCAAGCGCAACAUGAACAUCAUGGCUGCUAUGCCCUUCUCUGUCAUCGGAAGCACGGACGAUGUCCAAACCGUUGAUGGUCGCACCGUCAAAGGUCGCCAGUACUCCUGGGGUGUCGCCGAAGUCGAGAAUGAGGAUCAUUGCGAUUUCAAGAAGCUGCGUCAGCUUUUGAUCCGCACACACAUGUUGGAUCUGAUCCACUCGACCGAGGAGACGCACUACGAGACUUACCGUCGCGCCCAGAUGGAGACUCGCAAGAUUGGCGAGGCCAAGGUCAAGACUGUGACCAACCCCAAGUGGAAGGAGGAAGAGGAGGCUCUCCGCAAGCGCUUCACCGAGCAGGUUCGCCUCGAGGAGAACCGUUUCCGCUCAUGGGAGCAGCAGCUCAUUGCUGAGCGUGACCGCUUGAACAAGGACUUGGAGGCCGAGCACUCGCACAUCAAGGCUCUGGAAUCCGAACUAGAGUCGAUGCAGGUCGGCCUCUCGCCAAAGCAGCGCAAGUAG